CCAGGCACUACGCAUUCAUUCCUGAUCAUAUGAGCUGCUUCUAUACCCUCACAGGGCUUGACGUGCAGACUGCGUCUAGAUCUCUUUUUGACUUUCGACCUAGAUUGUGGCUGUUACAGUAGACCAAAGUCUGUUUUGUCAAACGCGUUGGUUCAAGUGAUCAGCAGAAGACAAAGGAAAGAAAGGGAGAAAGCUGUCGCACAGGAAUCGAGGGGAAGUUUCUCGAGCUAGACAUUGUCUCGCCAUUUCUCAGGGAGAGGAAAAAGCAAAAUCAUUCUUGACCUAACAACUUGCAAAUAUCACGCAAGGGACACGACGAUUUGGAUCGCAUCCACUUCAUCUUUUUCUACUUAUUGCAAAUCGCAUACUAACUAAAGAUAUCCUCAAUCAUGGCGUCCAAAUCUUUCGAAUGGCGACCGGCAAAGCUGCUCCAGGACUAUAACAUAGGCCAGGACUUUGCGCUGCUCAUUCUAAACCAGCCGUUGAAGAACGGCGUCAAUUUGCGCAAGCUCUGGAAGAACUCUUCUGUGAGAGUAGCCGCAGAUGGUGGAGCGAAUCGUCUACACAAGCUGUCGUCUUUCCACGGCAAAUAUGUACGUUAUGAUACUGGUCGUGGACGGCAAUGUUCGACAUUUUGCUGAUUCUACAGUCUAACCUUCAACUCAUCAUUGGCGACCUCGAUUCUCUCACCCCACAAGUCCGCGAUUUCUACUCAUCGCAACCCUCCCCUGCGACCGUCAUCCACGACGCUGACCAAGAGUCGACCGACUUUGCAAAGGCUAUCAACUGGAUUCGCAAAGAAUACCCCGAAGGCAUCGACAUCGUCGCACUUGGGGGUAUCGGGGGCCGUGUCGACCAGGGUCUUUCUCAGCUUCACCACCUGUACCUUUUCCAAAACGACCCCGAUUAUGCGACAGGUCGACUCUUUCUUCUCUCCGGCUCAAGUUUGACAUUCCUGCUUAAGGCUGGCAGCCAUCAGAUCCAGGUCCGAGAGGAGGGAGAGGAAGAUGUCUUCGGCAAGCACGUUGGUAUCAUCCCUCUCAAAGAGGCUGCCAACAUUACGACAAAGGGUUUCGAGUGGGACGUCGAGAACUGGCAUUCUGAGAUCGGUGGCAAGCUGAGCACUAGCAAUCAUAUCCUGCCCGAGUCACAAGUCGUGUCAGUGACGACGGACAAGGAUGUACUGUUCACAGUAGCACUAAAAGAAGGCGACGGCGAUGACGAGUAGCAUAGUGCUUCAGACAAGAACAUGUUGACUUGGCGUGGUAUGAUACAAGCAAAAGAACAACACAAGACACUCAAAAGAGAAAAAAACUCCAUGCGCCGCGCUGAUGCCCCUAAGCGUACAUUUCUGUGACAUUCCUCUCCCAAAUAACGACCCAAUUCGGCUUCUUUUCUACCGCAAGAAAUGGAGCACCAGCCAACAGAACAAGAAAAAUAUCACCACGCCCGCAAAGAAGAUCCAUUUGUCCUCCUUUGCCCGUCGCUCCACCAUACGGAUCGUAUCACCGCUUACGCCAAGGGUGUUGGCGACGUUGUAGAGUCGCUUCUGGGUACUCUUGAGCAUCUCGCGUUGCUGGCCCAGGUCACCCAGUACAGCCUGUCCACGCGCAAUGUAGUCAUCUAGCGCUUGGUUUGUGUUUGCGAAAAAGUUCUGCUCCCUAAACGCAUGUGCCUCGCGCAUCUCAUCUGGUGAGCCUGUUGUCAAGGCGCUCGCUUGAGGUGGGUGUCGAGGCUGGAACGCAGAGUGCGUGUUUGUUGUUGUAGCGUUCGCAUAAGGGUUCUCGGGUGUAGCAUUAUACGGUCUUCGACCAAGAAGUUCUGUGCGAUUUGCUUGGUGUUGAGCAUCAUCACGAACUUUCUUCAGUGAGUCGACUUGCGUUCGAAAGUCGGAGAGAUCUUCGCGGAACCUCUUUACUCGCUCAAAGCCUUCUUCUUGUUUCUUGGGAACGAUCUCCUGACGGGCGAGGGAUUGGUAUUCAUCGAGGGUCUUGGUGAAAGAAGCGAUUGAGGCGGACACGUUGCCAAUUUCGGAGGGAGAUGCUUGAGGUUUGUUGUUGAGAUUGGAGAGCUCUGCGCGGAGAGACUUGCUUUGCCGCAAGGCGGAGUUGUAGGCGAUAUUCUAAGUUUAGGAGUCAGCGGAUGUAUACUUGAAUGUUAGUUCGAUCUAGCUUACCAUGGCGACGGAUUUGAGCGAAGAAGCUUGAGGUUGUCGAGCAAUGCAACGACAACUUUCAUCAUGAUUUCUAGUUGUUCAGAUACAUGAUAAGGCCAGAUCUCGCGGAACGGAUUAAUGACACCCCGCCUCAGACAUGUCCAAAGCUGCUUACCCUGCAUCUUCUGGACACCUGAAGUAAGGGGGCAAGACUUUGACCAGAAAGUUUUCCGAUGCCAAUACUGUGUGGUUUUUAUCUUUCCAAUCUUGUGCGCUUCAAUAUCAACCACAUCUAAUAAACUCUAUGCCCA